AUGGGCAGCCAUUUGCUAAUCUACAGAGAAGAUAUGAUGCAUGCAAAGUUUCUCUUCACUGACAGAAUGAAAACCUAUCCUGAAACCUUUGAGCAUCUCUUUCUCAAGCGUCCUGAAGCACUGUCAUUUGGUCCUCUACUUCUGGAACCAGUAUUGGAAGAUGUCAAUAUUGAUAAAGCAAUGAAAAAUGAAGACAAAAAUGACUUACUAGUUGUUGACUCACUGUUUGCAACCAUUCAAGACUUCGAGCAUGAUUUGGCUUGCUCUAGUGGCCAUUUCAAUAGUAAUAGUCCCUUUGAGAGUGCCCAUGAUGUUGAAACCAGUGGAGAAAUGACAGGUCAAUCUAAUGCAAAAUAUGCAACUAUUAUAAGCAAUUCCAUGUCAGGUGGGAUUUAUAAGCCACCAAAGGAUCUAAGCUAUUCUUUUAACAGAGGUUUUCUAGGCCAUGAUUCUUUCAUUCCAGAUUCUUUCUCUAACAGUUCUUGGGCAGUGGAAAAUCAAGCAUUUGUAAUAUUACCUGACUGCCAUCAAGACCCUCUCCCCAAAACACUCUCUCUCUGUGUUGUUUCAUCUGAGGGCUUCUCAGAACCUUCAGAGCAGGAUAAAACCUUCUCUGAGGAGGACAGUCCAGAGAGAAGCAUGUUCAGCUCAGGGAUGAGUUCACUCAAAAGAAGUGAAAAUAACAUUUUUUUAACAGAAAAUUCAAAUGUAACAUGCCACUUUCACACCAAUGCUUUUGUUAGAGGCAUGAGGUUUCCUCAAGAUAUAACCUGUGAUCUAAAUCCCUUCAUCAGCAAUUGUGAAAGUCCUGUUAAGGCCUUCAUACCAUAUGUGCCACAGUUUCAGACUCUAACAAUUAAACUGCAUGAGACAGCCAGUAGCAAAGCCUAAGCUACCACCUAGUGACACAAGCUAGCUACCUACCUUAAUGAUGAGUG